AUGUCGCUCGUCCAAGCGACGCGCAGUUGCGAGGGCGGUCCGCCUUGCAGAACCUGUGUGUCUAGAGGCACAGAGUGUGUCUUUGACCAGGACCAGCAGCCAACCUCUCAUCGAGCUCUCCAAAAUGAUCAGGACGGAAGUGAGACUUCGUGGAAAGUCGAUCUUCCCUCAACAGCCUCGACGGUUAUAGCUUCUCUUCUUGACAGAUAUUUCUCUGCGAUCGCGCCUCACUGGCCACUUGUUUGGGAGAGAGAACUCAUUCAGGAUCCCUAUCCUUCUCCGCUCUUACUCCGUUCAGUCUGUCUUGUGUCGGCUCACUUGGCCGGCGCCAGCGCCAGUACAACCGCCCUAGUCGAAGACAUCACUCGGUCCAUUCACGAAUGCUUUGAUGCCUACGAGCUGCUUUCUCUCCCUACACUGUCGACACUGCAGUCGCUCCUCCUGCUGCUCGCCUCGCCCCGGUUUUCUCAACAGUCCAUGAUGACAGCGUCCGCGUGUCGGAUGGCCUUGACACUGGGGCUCCAUCGACCACACCAUCCUCGACCCGUGCUGUAUUGGUCCUGCAUCGUGGCUGCGCGCUGGGAGUCUUUGAGAUCAGCGAGUACCCGCUCAGCUGACCGCGUGUGCUUUGAUCUCGAAAUGACGCCGCCGCAAACCGAGCCAGACCCAUUGACGAUCUUUGGCGCCUUGUACCAUCUGUUGGCCUGCGCAGACAGAAACAGGGGGCAUCUGGGGAGUUUACCCAUCAUCUUGCGAUCCCAGGAUAUGUACACGCGGGGUACAAUAACGACCAGGACGGAAGAUGAUCCCUCCACCAGCAUGUCGGGACAGGAUCAGGAGACUACACAGGCUCUUUUGGAACCGCUUGUCCAGUACCUGUCAGGGGCUGAAUCAAGCACCAGCGAUGUUCCGCCAACGAUAACGACAGAUCUCUCAUCCGUAUUUGAGCUCAAUCCGUUCCACUAUUGUACUCAAAAGCCUGAUAAGUAA